AUGCUGGGGAGUGACCCUAUCGGCGGAGGGGGUCAUGCAGAUAUAUUCUCAGCCCGCUACGACGAGCAGUUGGUGGCUCUGAAACGAUUCCGCACGUUCUGCAUACCCAAGGAGAGAGCCAAAUUUCAUCGGAGUUUUCUCAAGGAAGCCUUGCUGUGGCGUCAGCUGAAACAUGACCACAUCUUACAGCUCAUCGGCAUCGACGAGGACUCUUUCCGGCCCCUCCCAUGUAUGGUGUCCGCUUGGAUGCCCAAUGGCACAAUUGUCGACUACGUUUCUACGUUACUUGAUCCUGUGACUGCCAUUGAAGAUAUCAACGAGCUCCUGCGCCAAGUGAUUUCAGGCAUUGCAUAUCUGCACGGAGAAGACAUCGUUCACGGAGACCUCAAAGGGGCUAAUGUACUGAUCGGCGAGAACAAACAGGUCCGCCUUAGUGACUUUGGCCUAGCCGAUCUCAUCGACAUGCUCAAUGGCGACUCAACUACCGGGCGUGGAUCAGCCCGAUGGAUGGCUCCGGAACUACAUUUCCCGGAACAAUUCAUGCUCACUUUCCGACGAACUACAUCCAGUGACAUGUACGCCUUCGGCUUUGUCUGUCUGGAGGUGUUCUCUGGACAUGUGCCUUUCCAUUGGAUACGACAAGACUCUAAUAUUGUUCUCCGAGUAGUGCAAGGGGAACGCCCUCCACGGCCCACAAGAGACGAAUGUCACGGGAGAGAAAUGCCCGACGACAUGUGGAAUUUAAUCACCUCUUGCUGGGAGCAUUAUCCAGAACACAGGCCCUGUGCUUCUACGGUCGACGCGGCGCUGAGCGCUGCAAGAAACCAAUCAAUUGCUCUUCGUCCAAGUUCCGCGCCUGUGCCCGCCAUGCCGGUUGGUGAUACCCUGGAUCAAGAUACUGUCCAUACCAGCUGUUGUGAUAUCACGUUUGACGACGAGAGGUUCGCACGGCAUAUCGCGGAUCAUCACAAACAAUCCUCUGCCGCGGGACUGCCCGAAGUCCAGGGGACAAUGACCAGUGCAGAUCCUCUCAAGCCCGCUCAUAAGUCCAGGAAUAAGAAGAAUCGGUAA